AUGAAGGGUCGUCACUCUGGUUAUGGUAAGAGGAAGGGUACCCGUGAAGCUAGGCUACCAACUAAGGUGCUUUGGAUGCGUAGGAUGCGUGUGCUCAGACGUCUCCUGAAGAAGUACAGAGAGUCUAAGAAGAUUGACAAACACAUGUACCAUGACAUGUACAUGCGUGUUAAGGGUAAUGUCUUCAAGAACAAGCGUGUGUUGAUGGAGAGUAUCCACAAGUCCAAGGCUGAGAAGGCCAGAGAGAAGACUUUAUCUGAUCAGUUUGAGGCUAAGAGGGCUAAGAACAAGGCAAGCCGUGAGAGGAAACAUGCUAGGAGAGAAGAGCGUCUUGCUAAGGGUCCUGGAGGAGAUGUUGAGCCUGCAAAAGCACCACCAGCUGCAGCUGCUCCUGCUACUACUGCUCAAACCGCAGAGGUACCAAAGAAGUGA